AUGACUGCAUCGUCGGAAAGAAUAUCUGAAAAAGAAAAAAGUGCAUUGACUAUAAUAAAGAGUUGGUUUUUAAAUUCUCCAACACAUGGCAUUCGACGAAUUAGUCUUGCUACUUCUAUAUUGGAACGUAUUUUUUGGUCAACAACUUUUCUAGCAUUUACGACAUUAAUGUGUGUUUUUAUUUAUACGGUUAUUUUGAAAUAUAUUGGUAAUCCAACAAAAAUUAAUCUAAGUGUAAGGCAAUAUCGUGAUCCGUUGAAUUUUCCAGCAGUUACUUUUUGUAAUCUUAAUCCUCUUCGAAACGAGAGCUUUCUUGACGAUGAUAUACAUCAGCAGCCAGGUUCCAGUUCACGUCCAUUAUAUACAGAUAGCGAGUAUCAAGUUCGAUUUAUGGAAUAUAUGGGUAGACUUCUUGCUAAAAAUCUUGAUAAUAAACGACCAACAAUAAUUGAAUCAGGUUAUAAAUUAGGUGAUCUUCUUAUUCAAUGUACAUUUAAUGGACGAUCAUGUUAUCGAAAUUUCACAUCUUUUUUUCAUCCAAAUUAUGGAAAUUGUUAUACAUUUAAUAAUGACAUUCAUGUUGAACCUACACGACCAAAUAAUACAUUCAAUUUUUGGUCAAUUGAUGACGAUGAUGUUGAAGAUGGUUAUAAAUUAUUUCUUGAAUUAUAUCUCUAUCAAAAUGAAUAUAUUCGAUAUCUUGAUGAUCGAGCAGCAAUUCGUCUAUUUAUUCAUCGUAAACAUCAAAUACCUAUAUUAUCUCAAACAAGUCUUUUUUUAGCACCAACAACAUUUACAAAACUUAUUUUUUCUCAACGUAUUAUAUCAUUUUCUCAACAAUGUCGAAAUGAAUUAACUAUUGAUAUGAAACGAACAUUUAAUUCAAAUAAUGUACGAUAUUCUCAAGCAUUAUGUUUUAAAUUAUGUGAAUUUCGUUUUAUUGAAAAACUAUGUCAUUGUACAGAUCAAUUAGUUAUGGUAUUUUUUCAAUUUUUUUCUCAAAAUUAUACAUCAAAGAUCAAUACAAAUAGUUCAUGUUCAAUUAAUAAUAAGUGUCUUGCAUAUCGUAAUCUUUUUAGUAAAAAAUAUUGUCCAGAAUGUUUACCUGAAUGUGAACUUAUUCAAUAUAAAAUUCAAUCAUCAUAUGCUGAUUAUCCAAAUACACGUUCAACAGACAAAGUUUUACAACGUGUAGAAACACAUUUAAGAGCUACUGGAAAGUCAGUAGUUCAUUUAAAUACAUCAGCGUGUUCAAAUAAUCGUAAAGGAGCUUUACUUGAUAAUAUUGUUGCUGUUGAAAUAUCAGCAAGUCCAUUUGCAACAGAAAUUCUAGCUGAAUCACCAAUGUAUACAUGGGUUGAUGUUAUAUCAAGUAUUGGUGGACAAGCAGGACUUUGGAUUGGUAUUAGUUUAAUAAGUUUUGUUGAAAUUGCAGAAUUGUUAUUUCUUCUUUUUUGUCAUUUUAUGGAAAUAAUCCAUCAAAGAAUAUUAAAUCAAUGGAAAAAUCUUACUCAACGAUUUGUUGGGAAAAAAAUAUUAAUCAAACUUUAA